AGACUGAAAAUAUCAAUGGACACAUUUAUCAAGCACGAACACGCAUAAAAAUUAAUAUGUUGAAGUUAUUUUCCUCGGAAAACCGAAUCGCCGUGAAGGGUGUGGUUCACCUCGUUCAAAGAAAGGAGUAGUGAAUGUAUCAUUGACAACACCGAUUGAAAUAUCAAUGAUUGAACGAGUGUCAACGCUGCCAUCUUCUUCAACACCUACACUCAUCGCUCAUCGGAAUUUCUCUUUCUUCGCUAAUGCUGUUCAAGACGAACCAAUCGAAACAACUACUUCAUUGUCACUACCACUACCACAAUCACUGAAAAAAUCCAAAAGUAUUUAUCGUGCUUUGAUAGUCGGUUUAAGCAUGGUGUCUCGUGGUGAAAUCGGUUUUCUAAUUGCAAAUAUUGGUGUUUCAACAAGUAUCUUAUCAGCAGAAGCAUUCAUCGUUACAAUUUGGGCUAUAUUAUUAAAUACAAUUCUUGGACCGAUUGCUGUUGGAUUGAUGGUCAAGUUAUUAGGAUCAAAGCUGACCGAUGGAUUGUGGGUAGACUUAUCGACAAGGAAUAUAGCAAAUUGA